AUGCAUGGAUUUCAGAGCGCGUCGGACCGGCGACAUAAAAACCUCGAGCAGGCAGACAAAGUCGCCGGUUCAGAAUUAUGCAUCCUUACGACACCAGCGCGCGUACGGACUCUAAUUUUCCUAAUUCCGGGCCCAAAUUCUAAUUCCACUUACCGGUGCUACUCAGUAGCUUCAAUUGUGAAGAUCAAUGGCAGAGUCACACGUCCAAAGUAG